AUUGCGUCUUUGCACAAACCAGCGAGGUCGGCCGUCCACAUUUCGACGGUAUUCCAGGAAUGCCCUCCAGCCGGUUCACCACACCACUCACCACCACCUCUUAUCUCCUUCACCAACCUCCGCCGCCCGCCGCCCUCCUCCGCGCCUCGAUCCUCAUGUCCAGCUAGUACACUGAAGAUUUAAGCUCUGAAGUGUGCCCAGCAGAUAGUAUAUGGCGUUAGUACAUUUUAGCGGUGCUUUGGUUCCUAAACUCGGUCAAAAGCCUCGGUUGCUGCCCACGUCACCUGCAGUUGCAAGGGCUACCUAUGCUGAUGCAAGAUUCCUGGCACCGAGAAAUGGUACAAGAGGCAGAGGUAAACAGCUGGCAUUACCUAGUUAUAGUUUGAAUUCGCAGAGCUCUUCUGAACAACUAAACCAUGUACCAUCGUCGAGAUUUCAACAUAGAAGGGGUUCACGUUUCGUCGUCAGAGCUGAAGCUGAUUUCUAUUCUGUACUUGGUGUCUCAAGAAAUGCUAGUAAAUCUGAAAUCAAGAGCGCCUACCGGAAGCUUGCUAGGAGCUAUCAUCCUGAUGUGAACAAAGAUCCUAGUGCUGAACAAAAGUUCAAGGACAUCAGCAAUGCUUACGAGGUUCUGUCUGAUGAUGAGAAGCGAGCGAUCUAUGAUAAAUACGGAGAAGCUGGUCUGAAGGGUUCUGGCAUGGGAACAGGAGAUUACUCAAACCCAUUCGAUCUCUUUGAGUCACUGUUUGAAGGAUUUGGUGGAAUGGGUGGAAUGAGUGGCCGUGCUGCUCGGAACAGACCAAUGCAGGGUGAUGAUGAAGCCUACAAUCUGGUACUCAAUUUCAAGGAAGCGGUGUUUGGUGUUGAGAAAGAAAUUGAGAUAACCAGACUUGAAGGCUGUAAUACAUGCAAUGGAAGUGGCGCCAAACCUGGCACAAAGCCAACCACAUGUAAAACUUGUGGAGGUCAGGGCCAGGUGGUGUCCUCCACACGAACACCGCUUGGAAUAUUCCAGCAGGUCUCCACCUGCAAUACUUGUGGUGGCACUGGUGAAUUUUCCACCCCUUGCAACAUGUGUGGGGGUGAUGGCCGAGUGCGGAAGUCAAAGAGGAUCAGUCUGAAGGUUCCUGCUGGAGUUGAUUCUGGAAGCAGGUUGAGGGUUCGGUCUGAGGGUAAUGCUGGCCAGAGAGGUGGCCCGCCUGGCGACCUUUAUGUCUUCAUUGACGUACUCUCUGAUCCUGUUCUUAAGCGAGACGGGACAAACAUUCUCUACACAUGCAAGGUUUCUUACAUUGAUGCAAUCCUUGGGACAACCAUCAAAGUCCCCACUGUUGAUGGGAUGGUUGACCUGAAGAUACCCUCAGGGACCCAGCCAGCCACUACUCUUGUAAUGUCUAAGAAAGGUGUUCCGCUUCUUGGGAAGUCAAAUGCUCGUGGUGACCAGCUGGUGCGUGUCCAGGUUGAGAUUCCAAAACGUCUGAGCAGCGACGAGAGGAAGCUGAUCGAAGAGCUUGCAAACCUCAACAAGGCUCAAACAACAAAUAGCAGGAGAUGAUAAUUGCACAAGGCUUGGUAGGAUGCUGUGCUUGUGCGAUAGGCAAUUUUGAUGCAAACUGCAGUGACAGAAGCGAGCAUGAAAGUGGUGAACAGUAUUACAAAUACGCACAUUUGGUGUGCAGUGCACUGGCACACUGGAGGUUUAUGUGAAAUGUCAUGUCUGUAACCUCAGUUUUAAGCUACAGAAAGCUAGGUCACAUGCAAAACACCAAAUGUUUCGUGGAAGUUUUGCAAUAGCUUAUCAUAUAAAUUAGGCGAGCUUAUUAGCCAUUUUUUAUUAUACGGUUUUUGUAUUCUUGAAAGGCUUAAGGUGAAUGGUUUCAUGGUGGUUAACUGGCCACAGACUUCAACAUCUAUUGCAGAAAUGCUGCACCAUUUCUAGUGUUCUGUAAGCUGUAACUUGGAAAUGUAACUGUAGUUUCUGUGUGU